GAGUUUUUUUUUGGAAAACUCCCAAGCUGGUAAUCAAAAAUUAACCAGUUCAAUUCAACUGGCGCCAAUGGCCAACGUGUGCUGCGUGUACGGUUGUCCUGGGGCUGUGCCUCACCCCGAAGACACCGAUAAGUGUAAUGCAGUGUCCUUUCACUUUCCCAUUGACGACCCACGACGACUCGCAGAAUGGUGCGAAAGGCUUCAGAUUGGAGCGGAUUGUGAACUGUGCGAUUUGUACAUAUGCCAGAGGCAUUUCUCUCCGGAACAGUACGAUCUUGUCGCAGAUUGCAAAAACCGAUUGAAAGUCGGCGCCGUUCCGGAUCGUAAUUUGCCAAAGAUUAAACGGGAAACCCAACCGAAGGAGACAACUUCUGCAGAGGAAACGAAACCCUAUACUUUCCAAAGAGGCUUCGUGGGUGAAGGAUUCAAUCCACCGGUACUGAUGGUGGACGAUUUGGGCAAAGCCUGCCGGCUGUGUCUGGAGGCAGACGAACAGGGAACUCACGAAUCUAUUUUCACCAAACAAGACAUUGCCGAGUACAUCGUGCAAUCGAUUGGGAUAGGGAUUGAACCAAACGACGGUUACCCGCAAAUGAUAUGCCAAACCUGCAUCGAGAGGGUAACGUACAUCCACCGUAGUCGUGAGUGGUUCCAUAAAAACGAUCAAUUUCUGAAGGCUUUGGUUGGCGAACUAUCCAACGAAAAAGCUUUACCUACAGAAGAACCGAUUGGUGGCGAGGAAGGAAAUGCAAUUUUACCCGAUGAGGGGAUGGUCAAAGAAGAAUGCGAUCUAGAACUGGUCACAGAAGCGAACAUUUUCGAAUCAGGUUCGAUUGAAGGGGAAGAGGUCACACUGAAUCAGAUAGCCGGAGCGGCGGAUUUCAAUGAAUCUUCGGAUGACGAGCGCCAUGAACGGAAACGGCGACGGGGCCUACGGACGAGAGGGUCCGAUGGCGAAGUGGUGAACAUCCCGCAGGCUUCGUUGGAUCUGUUUUGUAGCAGCCAAAAGACGACCCACCGCAGAUUCCGGUGUCACUGCGGGGCGUCCUAUCUGAAGGAAGCCCGGCUCAAUACGCAUAUUCUGAAGGAACACGAAGGUCGAGGUCUAACCAAAGUGAUUCGACCGAAGGUGCCUGCCAAUCCGCUGGUUCUGGAAGAAAUGGCAGCAGUUUUCAAUCGAAUCAAAACUCAAGGCGUAGCCGUUGAGUUGAGGGACGAAAUAAACGAAAUCGAGGAUGAUUAAGCAUUCGCUCUGGAGCGGGGCAAUACCAAAGAAGUUAUAUUAUGUUGGAUAAAUGUUUGCCGUAGAUUGAUUUCCGUUGUUGGCAU